AACCCUGAUUUCCUUAUAACACGUUCACCAAAGACCCUGCAUGCGAGCUCACGGCUGCAGCGGAUCGUCGCCGUCCUUGGCAUUGCUGGUCGUUACCUUUCUGCUUAUGUCCGCGAUCAGCCUACAGCAACCUCAGAAAAACGCAUCCGAGGCCUCAGCGGCAGACAUCUCCACUGGUGACAGUCCACCCAGUGAGGUCUUGGCCUUGCCCUCUCCUGCAAGCCAGGAAGCCACGGGAGCUGUGCCAACGCUGACUGUUGGCGGCAAAAUCGCCCUCGACGCGCUGGGCCCAGCUAUAGUUGGCGAGGACGGCACGCUACGUCGAAUUGCCAAUUGGGCCAAUCUGACGGAGCGGGAACAACAGGUGGCUCUGCGGCGCAUCGGGCAGCGAAACCAGGCACGUUUGGCAGCCCUAAAGCAACAACAGCAGGAGCAGCAGUACCAGCAGGAGCAACUGGAAGGAAAGCAGCAGCAGGAACAACGGGAACAACAACGGGAACAACAACACGGGAUCCAGCUGCCCAUUGAGUCGAAGCAACAGUUGCUCCAGAAGCAACAGCAGCAGGUUAAGCAGGAGCUGUAGCAGCGACAAGGCUCUUUCUUUUGUAUCCUCCCCUCAUCACGCAGGAGCGACCCACGGGUCAGCCGUGUCCUAAACAGGCGCAUGAUCCUAGCCGUAGCAGCCGCGUCAGAAGCUACAGAGCUGGGGGUCGCUGAGGGAGGUCUGCAGGUGCUGCGUUUGGGAGCUUUGGACUUCAUCUUGCUUGCGCUGCUGGCAGUUGUCGUGUGCUACAUCUUACCCAGGAAGCUGCUGCGUCUGCUGACGUCAGCUCGCAGGCCGACUGCGACGCGAGGCGGCGGGGCCGUUGACAACAGGGGAGUCAGUGGUACGGCAGGAGGAGGUACGGCGGCGGUAUUCUGCAAGGCGAGGAAGCAGGAGUGAAGCGUCCUCUGCAGUAAAGGUUAACUAGGCUUUUCCUUAGCGGAAGGGUCUGAGUUCGCAGCAAAGGCGGGACAUUAAGUUUAAGAGGCAUGGCAAGACGUGGAGGUGGUGGUGGUGGCGGCGCAGCAGCAGUAGCCACCGGUGCCAGCUGGCGGCAGCAGCAGCAGCUGGCGGCGCUGACGGCGGUGCUACAGCAGCUGCCGUCGGCGCAUGCACCGCCGCUGCAGCUACUGCGGGGGCUGCAACGAACGUUGCUGUGUGUGGAGCACGUGUUGUACGGCACCGCCACUCCGAAAGGCGAGAAGGCUGCAGCAGCUGACGUGGACAGCAGUGCCGGUGGCGAUGUGGGUCAUGCAGCUGAGGCGCUGCAGGAUGCCAUUUCUGUCCAGGACCGCGAAGGGGAGGAGCUACCGGUGUCUCAACAGGGAGGCAGGUACUCUGCGGAUUCUGAGCGACUGGCGGCGGAGAAGGCUGUCGUACAGCUACGGGAGCUGCUGGCGGAGGUUCUUCUCGGCGAUGAUAAUGGAGGAGGAGGAGGAGGUGACGGCACCAGCAGUGGUACUCGUACUGGCAUGAGUGCGGGUGCGGGUGCGGGUGCGGUUGCAGCUGCAUGGGACGCCCGGCAGUACUACUGCGCGCUGCUGCACCACUACCUAUCGCUCAGCUGCGACAUCUUUGACGCGGUGUGCACAGCAGUGGAGGAAGGAGAGGUGACGGCUGUGUCAGUGAGGAGGGUGGAGGAGGGUGCUGUCAGCGGAGACGGAG